AGGAUUUAUUCUAUCAGUCACUUUUGCUGAACCACUAAGUUAUGGAAACUCUAGAAAUAUGGCAUCAAACACAGAUCAAAAGAUGAAGAAACCUGAUGAAGAUGUGGUUUCAAAACCACAACCUCAAAACAAUGAUAAACUGAGCACUAGUCCAAAAUCUCUCUUGAAACAAAUUGCCAAGAUAAAUGAAACACUACCACCAAGUCAACCAGAUGAUUCUCCCACAAUCCAUUUUGUACCCUUACAAACGUCUCAGAAAGGAUACUCUCGACGAAGUUCUGGAAUACUUGCAACAGUAAAUACACCCAAAACACUUAUACAGAGGUUUCUAGAUGAAGCUCCAACUGAAACUCCACUAAUACCAUCCAAUAUGACAGGCUGCAACUCUUCAUUAGAAAGAUCUUCUGUACCGUUACCUGCCAAAGUAAUGGAUUCUUCUCACAAUUACAGAGAUCUUUCAGUAACUACUAGUGACCUUGAAGAGGAGCCUGCAUUGGGGAGCGAAUCAAUAACUUCAGAAGAAAUAGCUUCAAAAAAACUUAAAGAUGUAGGCUUUCAGAAAAAUUAUUCAAAAGGGCUGAAGCGACCAAGAAGACAAAUAACAGCAAAAGACAUAGCAGAUGGAGUGAAACAAUCACAAGAUGCUGAAGAAGAUGAUGAAAUUUCUCUUCAUAAACCAAAAAUAGUUAUAAAAAUUAGAAAGAAAAUUACUGCAGAAGAUCUUGCAAUGGGUAUCAAACAAUCACAAGAAGCUGCAGCAGCUGCUGGGGCAAAACCUACUGAUAUAACAGAAAUGUCAACAAGUGACUCAUCACUUGGAUUUUUGACAGUGAAUUCUGAAAAUUUUCUGGAUACCACAAAUGUAGCAGAUGAAUCAGAUUUGUCUGAGGAUUCUUCCAACCAUGGAAACAAGCAAUCAAAAUCAGAUGCAGUACAAUCAGAGAAAAACCCUCCGAAUUCAAGUGAGAGAGAACAAACACAGAAAAUUGAUGAUGUUAAUCGACUGUAUUUAGAAGAAAGUUUGAAAAUAUUGCAGAAUGCAAGCGGUAAACAUACAUCAACAGAAAAUUUACAAGAUAAACCUGAGAAACCUAAUAAUUCUGUGAUUUCUCAACCAAGAAAAAGUACCAGUAUGACUGAGACAAUACCAAGCUUCGAGCUAAGCCAACACACGAAAGAUUUAACAAACCUUUCAGACUCAGAAAACACAGUUAAACAUACUCCUCAUGUCAAUGUGGCUAACUCUUCUUCUUCUUCACUCAGCUUUCUUAAGAAACUUACUGUGAGCCUUACUGAUACCAACUGUAGUGGAGACCGGCAAUCUAUGACCGCAUCAACUAAAGACUUCUUAAAUUCUACUAAAAAUAUUAAAAGUAGAGAUGAUGCAGUAUCAAGUGAAAAUAAAGGGAAUGAAAAGGACCGGUUCAUCAUCAGAGAAAAUAAGGAGAUUUCAGAUUCACCAUCUUCCUCUGAUUCUGAAUUUAAGACCUCUAGAAAAAUUAGUUGCGCAAAAGACAUUAAAUCUAAGCAGGAUGAUGCUGUUAUCUCUAGCAAUAGGAAUUCUGACAGGGAGGAUAUUACUGAAGAAAGACCAUCUGAGUUAAAAGAGGUAACUGCUGAUAUAGGAUCUUUGAAAUUAAAAGAGAAAUCUACAAUUUGUGAAGAAACCAAAACCGGACAAAGUGAUGUGGCAACUGAUAAAGACACUUUCAUUGAAGAUCUUGCAGAAGUACCAUUGGAAACUAAAGAUGUAGAAUAUACAAGUGAAUUCAUCCAAACAUUUUCCUUGGAAGAGACUGUUUCUUCAAAUGUGAGUCAGAAUAAAACUGAUGAAAAAAUUGAAGUGACUAACAAAAACGAAAUGGUAGCUUGUACACAGGAAAAGCAAAAUAUAGCAGACCAGCAUGAGAGCAAGAACAAUUAUGGUAGAAUGUUAGAGGGACAGAUGGAACUGAAUGAAGAACCUGUCAAAGAUUUUGUUCCUGUAGACAACAAUGUUGUUUUAGAGCUACAGGAAGAGAUGGUUGUAAUUGAGGAUGAAAAUGAAGUGAUUGAAGUACAAGAUGAACCAAUUGUUGAAGUACUUGAUGAAGAAUAUAUAAGAUUACAUAACGAAGAUCUCAUAGGUAUCAAUCGAGAAGCAGCAUGUGUUUAUCAAACAGAAACUAAAGAUACCAAAGACCUACAAAAGGAAAUGACACUAAAUGAAGACAUUGAAAAGAAGCCCGAUCAUCAUGCAGAAAAAAUUACAGUAGAUGUGCAAGAUGACAAAAUGAAACCUGAGAGAGAAACUAGAAAAGAAAAAGAACUAAGUAGUAAUGUGGAAGAAAUAGUAGUGUGUAUAGAUGAAGCAAGAAGGGAAUCAAGGGUGGGUAAGAAUUAUGAAAAUGUAUUACAAGAUAAAGUUGAUGUGACUACAGAUGAAAAGGAAAUCAGUGUAACAAAGAGCAAAGUAGAGGUUAGUACAGCACAAGAUGAAGAGGACAUUCCACUGUUUGAAGUUGAAAGCUUGUCAGAAGAUGAAACCAGUGAAAUUCCAGGUGAAGUUGACAAGAGCACGAAAGGGGAAAACAGGAGUAUCAGUCAGAGUGAAGGUGAUGCUAGCAUGGUCCCUGAUGAAGAAGAAGAAGAAGAAGAAGAAGAAGACAUUCCAUUGUUUGAAGUUGAAAGCUUGUCAGAAGUUGAAAUCAGUAAAGUUUCAGGUGAUGUUGACAGGAGUGCUAAAGGGGAAAACGCAAGUGACCACCAGUGUGAAGGUGACGCUAGCAUGCCCCAUGUUAAAACCAACAUUGGGUUAACUCUAGAUAAGAGUGAGACUAAAUCAUUUCAGAAUAAAGAUGAUAUUGGCAAAAUACAAGACAAAAGUGAGGAUAAUAUGGCCCCAAAUAAAACUGAAAUUGAUAUGAUUCUGGUUGAAAGCAAGGCUGAUGGAAAACAGAGCAACAAAACAGAUGUAACUCAGGAUGAAAGUGAAAUCUAUCUCAUCCAAAAUGAAAGAAAAGCAAGCAUGACCCAAAAUAAGAGUGAACGUGGUGUAACUCAAGAUGAAAGCAAGGCUUCUGUGAUUCAAGAUGAAACUGAGGCUUGGGUGACCCAGGAAGAAAGCAAAGCUGGUGAAAUCCAGGAAGAAAGAGAGGUUGGUGAGACUCGGGAAGAAAGUGAGCAUAGUGAAUCUCAGGAAGAAAGCGAAGCUGGUAAGACCCAGGAAGAAAGCGAAGAUGGUGAAACCCAGGAAGAAAGCGAAGAUGGUGAAGCCCAGGAAGAAAGUGAGGCUGGUGAGAUCCAGGAAGAAAGUGAGGCUGGUGAGACCCAGGAAGAAAGUGAGGCUGGUGAGACCCAGGAAGAAAGUGAGGCUGGUGAGACCCAGGAAGAAAGUGAGGCUGGUGAGACCCAAGAAGGAAGUGAAGCUGGUGAGUCUCAAGAAGAAAAUGAAGCUGGUAAAACCCGGGAAGGAAACAAGACAGGCAUAAAACAGGAUAAGCCUGACUUCAGUGCAUCUUCAGAUAAAAACAAGAUUAUUUUGACACUUAAUAAAAGUGAAACCAUGGCUGACCAGGAAAAAAAUUUGACUCUAAACAGAGAUAGAAAGAGCACUCAGGUCCAAUAUCCAGCCAAUGUAAUGCAAGAUGAAGACAUGCCUGCUACAACUAAUGAUUUUGAUUUUCGUAAUGAAAUCAAAAAUGAUGGCAGAGAAGAACAAGAAUCUAAUAUCAAAGUAAAAUCUGUAAGCAAGAAUAAAAGUAUUUCUAAUGAAAGGGAACUGGCUGAAAAUGAAAUACAAGUAGAUGAUGAAAUUAUCUUUCGGCAAAACAUUGAACACUCAAAGGAGGAUUACUUUAGAGGUAAAGAGAGCCAAACUACUCCUUCCCGUUCUUCUUUGCGACUAAGAUCUUCUGUUGCUAAUUCAUCAGUCUCUCCAAAGUUUUCAAAGUCUCGGGAUCUUAGCUUAAAACGUAGAGGAACAAAACGAAAAUCAGUUAGUGACCAUACAACAGAGGCUGCACAAGUAUCCACUCAUUCUGUUUCAGAGAAACUAAGACGACGAAGCAGCAGAGAGACAAAUUUAAGUAAAACCAGAUCAUAUAGAAUUAUAGACACUUUGAGUGGAAGUGGAAACUCUAUGACAAUCAGUAAUCAAGCUAUAAGGCAAUUUUCCCCGGAUGUUGGGACAGUUCCAAAUGAAAAUCAACGUUUGCAGAAGACAGAUCAACAAAUAUCAGCUGAAUCCAGCAAAAUCUUGGAAUCAACACGACCAAAGAAAAAAUUAAAGGAAGCCAACCCAAUAGCAAGAAGAAAACAUAAAGAGUAUGUUGUAUCUCCCCAAGUGACAGCUUCCUUACUCAGUCAUUAUUCAAAGAUGCAUUUUCCAACUUCCUGUAAUGAUGUAUUAGGUUCAAUAUCCAAUGAUUAUUUUGAUAACUUAUUUGCUACCCUGUCUUCAUAUUCUCGGAAACAAAGAAGAUUAACGAUCUGUCAGUCAGAUGUAGAGCUCUAUUUUCAAAAUGUUGGAUUCACCAAUGAACACACAUCACUCAACUCCUUAAUUCGAGAACACUUGUCACUGGUGGAUCAACAAAAGCUAAUACCUGUUGCUCGAGCUGCCAUCACCUUCGAUAGUAGAAACAAGAACUCUAAACGCAAAAGUAAAACAAGAGAUUCAAGCAACAUUUUUACUUCUAAAUGAAAAUCCUGGAACAAGUUACUAAUGCAUAUUUCAAGUAAAAGUUUUUACCAAGCCAUCAGUUUCUAGUGAUAAUGUAUAAAACCUGCAUCAUUUAGUACACUCAGUUAGAAAUCACUAAUUGUGGUUUUUACUCAUUUCACCUUCUCCAUUCAUUUCCUUGGAAAUAUUGGGAUUAAAAAUAUUCAGCUUUAGAUACAAAUAUCAGAAAAGUAUGCUAUCACUACCAGUAAUGUAUGAUAUCACUAUUAGUAAUCAGAUUUGUUUUACAAUCUUUUUAUAUCCAAAUGGCUGUAUCAAGUUAUUUUUUAUGCAAAAUUCAUCUGAUGAAGGAAUUGUCUGGUAAAAAAUGGCAUAAUUUUUCAUAAAGCAAAUUUGUUGGCAAAGAUAUUUUUAAAAACUUCAUGAAGGUUAUUUCUGGAAAGUGAAAUCCUGUUCAGAAAAUGUUUGCUGUUUAGUAAUACAGAAUAUUUUUUUGUGAAAAAAUGCAAUCAUCUCUUCUAAGUGUUGUUUCUAUCUUUCUAGGGAAAAGAUACCAGGCUUCAUUCAAUUCAUUGCAAAGUUAAACUUAACCAAUGCCACUGUUUUCAUCAUAUAACACUGUUGUUAGCAAACUGCAGCUGUUUUUAUAUGAAGUUUGUUUGUCCUUUAUAAAAUAAUGAUAAAGACAAUACACUUUCUUUGGAAGUGUGUGUAAAUAAAUGUUAUAAGAGAGCAAUGCAACUGGGAGGAGAUGGUGAUGUGAAAAGUGGGUGCAGUAGGAAUGAAUACCAUAAAGUUAAAAGUAAUUUUGUGGGGAAAAUUUUCAAUAAAUAAUGCACUACUUGGUUUGCCUAUGUAAUAUAUGAAAUGUGUAUAAUAGUGUGUAUAGAUAUGGGAAUGUAAAUGUUUCGCUUUGCUUGUAUAAUAAACAGGGCUCUGUCUCCUCGGGCGUCUUCUAGUAAGUGACAAUAUGACCAAGUCCUCAUUAACCAUAGUUAUCUGAAACACAGUAGGAGUCAAAUGAUACAGUAUCAGCUCUCCAGAUAAAGAGUUAUUUUUAUAUCUCAUGAUGUGCAUUGGGCAAGACGAUGCACUUCUGUUCUGUUUACUUUGUGACAGCAAAACAAAUAACAAAGCAAGUAAUUAGGAAAUGGAGAACAGCAGAAGUAAAUGUUAACUCGUUAACAUAGGCCAAAUGAUUGAAUGAUCUUUGAGGAACUAUUGUAAAUGUAAACAAAAUUCAUUAUUCUCCCUUGUAAUGAACUUUAUAUAUGAAAAAUUACCAUUGUUAUAUCUUAUUUUCUUAUGUUUCUAUGAUGUAUUUAAUAUGCCUUCUUUCUAGCAAAAUAUAAAAUAAAAUUAUUAUAGCACAUGCA